GCCCGAAGUUACAAAACUCUCGAAUCGCGCGUUCGCAGCGGCGCAGCAAACGUGCGCGAGGUACAACCGUCAAGCACACGUAACUUUCCCGAUUUCGUGCCCAGUGCUCUGCCCAUUCGUCGCUCAUCCGCACCGAAGUCGGCGGCCAUUUUAUCCGGUUAACUCAAUUGUUGCAAAUAAUAUAUCAAAAUGCUGCCAUCAUUCAUUACGAGGGCUAUCUGCCAGCCGUCGCAGGCACAAGAUAAGCCAGCGAUCAAAGCGCUGAGCACUCCGUUGGUCACCGGCAGGACCAUCGCCGCCGCCGCGAUCAAUCCCGGUGAGAGCUGUGAGUUCGCAUCGACGAAAUAUUUCCUCCUUUGCGGUCUCGGCGGUAUUCUUUCUUGCGGUAUCACACACACAAUGGUCGUGCCAUUGGAUCUCGUCAAGUGCCGAUUGCAGGUCGACGGCGCUAAGUACAAGAACCUCACCAAUGGCUUCAAGGUCUCAAUGGCUGAGGAGGGUGUGCGUGGCUUGGCAAAGGGCUGGGCACCAACCUUCAUCGGCUACUCCAUGCAAGGCAUGUGCAAAUUCGGCCUGUACGAGGUCUUCAAAGUGUUCUACACUAACUUGAUGGGCGAUGAGAACGCUUACCUGUACCGCACAUGGUUGUACCUUGGUGCGUCAGCGUCCGCUGAAUUCUUCGCUGAUAUUGCCCUCUCGCCCAUGGAGGCCUGCAAGGUAAAGAUCCAGACGACGCCUGGUUUCGCCAACACGCUGCGUGAGUGCUGGCCCAAAAUCAUGGCCGAAGAAGGAAUGAAUGGUCUCUACAAGAGUUUGGUGCCAUUGUGGGGCAGGCAGAUCCCUUACACAAUGAUGAAGUUUGCCUGCUUCGAGCGUACCGUUGAGUUGUUGUACGCGUACGUCGUGCCGAAACCAAGGGCGAGCUGCACUAAAGGCGAACAGUUGAUUGUCACCUUCGCGGCCGGUUACAUUGCUGGCGUGUUCUGCGCGAUCGUGUCGCAUCCCGCUGACACCAUGGUGUCGAAGUUGAACCAGAAGAAGGGCGCGUCUAUGGGCGACAUCUUCAAGGAGAUUGGCUUCAUGGGAUUGUGGAAGGGUCUCAUUCCCAGGAUUGUUAUGAUCGGUACACUCACCGCCGCACAGUGGUUCAUCUACGAUGCGUUCAAGGUGGCGACCGCAAUGCCGCGUCCACCACCACCAGAGAUGCCAGAGUCUUUGAAGAAGAAGUUGGCCGCUGCUGGCAAGGAUCACUAGAUCCACUUCAAUUGCAAAAUAGAGAUUUAAACAGAAAAAAAAACAACAUAAAAAGCGUAAAAACACGAUUAAAUUAUUAAAUAAUUUUAAACCGUAUGCCGUCAGAAAGUGAGUCUUCUUACCUUCCAAGCGAUAACAACAGCAGCAGCACACGGACACAUGGUAUACAAUGGUGUAAUGGUAUUAUUCCCCAUCGAUCGAAACCACCUCCUUCACCCCCCUACUCACGCGAACCGUUGUUUCAAAUCGCCGGAACAAUUGUAUUAGUUACCAUCGUUUAAUUAUUAAAUUAACAAAAUAUUAAAUAUAAUUAUUUUAGAGUA